CCUCUGUAAAUCAACUUUCUUUAAAUGAAUGUAAUCUCGCGAGUUUUAUUUUGAAAAUGAUCCCGGAAGUGUUGAUUAACGGUCGCCAAACACAACACCGGUCCAAAGACGGAAGCUGAGACGUUUGACAGGAGACCGCAGAGCCACAUGUGAAGAUGAGCGUGCCGGACUACCUGCAGUGUGCCGAGGACCACCAGACGGUGCUCGUGGUGGUGCAGCCCGUCGGCAUCGUGCCCGAGGACCAGUUCUUCAAGAUCUACAAACGCAUCGCCAGCGUGAGCCAGGUGACCAUCCGGGACUCGCAGCGCCUCCUCUACAUCCGCUACCGCCACCACUACCUGCCGGAAAACAACGAAUGGGGCGACUUCCAGACGCACCGCAAGGUGGUGGGCCUCAUCGCCAUCACCACCUGCGGCCCGGCCAAGGAGUGGCCCCAGACUGCCGAGCGCUUCCACGGCCAGAAGGAGGUGUACAGCUCCACGCUGUACGACUCGCGCCUGCUGGUGUUUGGGAUGCAAGGAGAGAUCGCCGAGCAGCAGCGCACAGACGUGGCCUUUUACCCCGGCUUCGAAGACUGCUCCGAUGUGGAGAAGCGUGUGGAAGAUUUUGUGGAGUCGAUAUUCAUUGUACUUGAGUCCAAGCGGCUCGACCGGGCCACAGACAAGUCCGGUGACAAGAUCCCUCUGCUCUGUGUGCCCUUUGAGAAGAAGGACUUUGUGGGUUUGGACACAGAUAGCAGGCAUUAUAAGAAGCGUUGCCAGGGACGGAUGAGGAAGCAUGUCGGGGACCUGUGUCUCCAGGCGGGCAUGCUGCAGGACGCCCUGGUCCACUACCACAUGUCGGUGGAGCUGCUCAGAGGGGUGAAUGACUUCCUCUGGCUGGGUGCCGCGUUGGAGGGUUUGUGCUCGGCGUCCGUUAUAUUCCACUACCCCGGGGGCACGGCGGGGAAGACGGCAGGACGCAAGCCAAGUGUCUCUCAGCCGUCAGAUGCAGGCAAGCGCCACAGACCAGGCGCACAAGAGGUCCUCAUUGACCCAGGUGCCCUCACAGCCAACGGCAUCAGUGCAGACACCAGCACUGAGAUCGGACGAGCAAAGAACUGCCUGAGUCCUGAGGACAUUAUCGAGAAAUACAAAGAGGCCAUCUCCUACUAUGGAAAGUACAAGAACGCGGGCGUGAUCGAGCUGGAGGCCUGUGUGAAAGCGGUCAGGGUGCUCGCCAUUCAGAAGAGGGCGCGGGAGGCCUCGGAGUUCCUGCAGAACGCGGUCUACAUCAACCUGGGGCAGCUGUCGGAGGAGGAGAAGAUCCAGCGUUACAGCAUCCUGUCCGAACUAUACGAGCUGAUCGGCUUCCAUCGCAAGUCGGCGUUCUUCAAGCGUGUCGCUGCCAUGCAGUGUGUGGCUCCCACCAUCCCUGAGCCCGGCUGGAGGGCCUGCUACAAGCUGCUGCUGGAGACCUUGCCCGGAUACAGCCUGUCGCUGGAUCCCAAGGAUUUCAGCAAAGGGACACACAGAGGCUGGGCUGCGGUGCAGAUGCGCCUCCUGCACGAACUCGUGUACGCCUCGCGUCGGAUGGGCAACCCUGGUCUCUCUGUGCGCCACCUGUCCUUCCUGCUGCAGACCAUGCUGGACUUCCUGUCUGAUCAAGAGAAGAAAGAAGUGACUCAGAGUCUGGAGAACUACACUUCCAAGUGUCCGGGUGGAAUGGAGGUCAUCACCCUUCCCGAUGGCCUGAGGCUCCCUCCGGUGCCCUUCACAAAGCUUCCCAUUGUCCGAUCAGUGAAGCUCCUUAACCUGCCUGUGAGCCUGCGGCCCCACAAGGUGAAAGGCCUGCUGGGACAGAACAUGUCCACCGCCAGCCCCUUCAUCUACUCGCCAAUCAUCAUGCACAACAGAGGAGAGGAGCGCUGCAAGAAGAUAGACUUCCAAUGGGUUCAAGGAGACGUUUGUGAAGUGCAGCUCAUGGUCUACAACCCCAUGCCUUACGAACUUCGAGUAGAGAACAUGGGUUUACUGACCUCCGGGGUGGAGUUUGAAUCUCUGCCUGCUGCCCUGUCCCUGCCUGCAGAGUCUGGCCUGUACCCCGUCACUCUGGUUGGCGUCCCGCGCACAGCUGGCAACAUCACUGUCAAUGGUUACCACACGUCUGUGUUCGGUGUGACCAGUGACUGCCUGCUGGAGGCCCUGUCCAGUGUGAAGACUAGUGGCUGUUUGGUGGAGGUGGUUCCCUCCCUUCCUCGCCUCCAGCUCAGCACAUCCCUGCCACGGUCAGCGCACACGCCCCAGCCCAUGUCCAAAGAAGAGCUGUACAGCACCGUGUCCGUCCAGCUCUUCAACGGAGAGACCCAGCAGCUGACCAUCACCUUGGACAACAUUGGAUCUGAGGACAUCGAGACCCUGGAGCUCACCUCUAAGAUUGUCACCACCAAAGAGAAAGUGUUUGGGGAGUUUCUGAGCUGGGAGCUGGACAAGCCUCUAUCCCACCUGCCCCUGAAGCCGGGCCAGGCUGUGACGCUGAGCGUCAAUAUCAAAGUCAAGCUGGACUUCUCUGGUCAGGAGAGCCUGCUGCAGGACCUGAACGACGAUGGGAUCAGCGUGACAGGCCUGCCAAUCUCCAGUCCGCUGCGCCAAGUCCUCAAACCCAGGACGGAGACCAAGACUGUCGGCAGUGAGUCUGGCAAAGCAGAGUACAGCCACAUCAAGACUUUGGAAGCAGUGUUGAACUUCAAGUACUCCGGGGGAGCGGGCAAAGUGGAGGGCUACUACAGGGAACUGGCACUGGGAGUCCAUGUGGACGUGGAGCCGUCUGUGUUCUUCACCAGAGUCAGCACCCUCCCUGCCACCAGCACCCGCCAGUGUCACCUACUGCUCGACAUCUUCAACCCAACAGAGCACGAGCUCACCGUCAGCGCCAAGAACAACCAGGACCUGGUUCUCCAUGCCAGCGAGUGCCAGAGAAUGGCCAUCCAGGUUGACAAGUUUGACUUUGAGAGUCUGCCACAGCCGGACCAGGAGAUAGCUCGCUUCACUAACCCCAAACAGCUGGAGGAGGAGCGGCAGCACGCCCAGGGCUGCCAGAUCAACAGCAAGCUGGGCAUCUGUUGGAGCAUCCCCUCCCUGCGGCGCUGUGGAGAGGCAAGCGUGGAGGGAGUCCUCAACCAGCUGGUCCUGGAGCACCUGCAGCUUGCGCCUUUGCAGUGGGAUGUGCUGGUGAAUGGGAAGCCGAGUGACUGCGAUGUCAUUGCCGACUGUAAAGUGGGUGACUCUGUGACCCUGGAAGUAAAGCUGACUAAUAUGAGCAAGAGCUCAGUGGGACCCCUGGCUCUGACUGUGGUGCCCUAUCAAGACUUCCAAAAUGGAGUCCAAAACUACGACCUGGAGGACGCUGUCACCUUCAUCGGCUCCAACACCUUCUGCAUUGACACGGUUAAACCCAAAGAAAGCGCCGUCUGUGAGGGAGCCCUGCUCUUCCUCUACACCGGAGAUUUCUACCUAAACAUCAAGUUCCAGGAUGACAGUGCUGGACGAGAGCUUCCCUUGGCCUGGUUCACUCUGCCCAGUGUCCACAUUAGAGCUCUGGACAUCCCGCUGCAAGCCGGGGCCUAGGGUCCCCAUGAACUGCAGCAUUGUGGGCCUGGGUGAAGGAGGGAUGGUUCUGUUGUUAAUGUCUGUAAAUACAAUAUCCAUAUGAGUUGAGUCACUUGUAAAUAUCUUUUGGUUGAAGGUUACAGCAUAUCAACAUGACUUCUGCCUUGGAAGAUUCGAAUUCUUUGUUUGCAGGUCACGAAAAAGCUCACAGGUGUGGGUCAGAAAAGACCCUGAAGCGAAGCUUAGAUCAAAUGCUCCUCGGCUUCGCCACUUUACCGCAUGAGUGUACAGGGACGAGAGAAACGAGGCCAGAGACUGAAGGAAAGGGACAGAGCUGGAGUUCCUGGUGAGCUAAACAUGAGCUCACACAAACACUUCCACACAACACUGCUCUGUGCGUUUCAAGCUCAAGUAACAAUGCCUGCGCUGUUAGUAGUUGGCUGUGGGGGGCGAAUAAAGACCAACCACAUGAACAGUUUAGCAGUCGCUGUCUAAUUCUUUUUGGUUUUUUUCAACUCAGCCAUGGCUCUGUAAAUCGCAAAACAAGAAAAUGGUGCGGACCGCACCACACCACAAUGCGAGUGCAGUUUGUGAACAUCACUCUUUGACACCUUAACAGACGUGCUUGCAGGUAGAAACUCCGCGGUUUUGACCUAGCGGUUAGUGCGUCGCGUCCCGGACUGAGCAGUAAAAUCACAACAAAGAGAGAUCCAAGCUUUCUCCAAAAAUUGCAUACUGCCCCUUUAACAGGUACUUUGCAAAAUUAUAGCCAGUAAGCUAGCUUGGCUCCUGUAGCAGCGACCUGUCACCAGCAAACUAACUAAACUACCCGUUUUCAAAAAGAGACACAACUAGCCACUACGUCGCUGAGCUUCCAGCAGCAAAUAUUUCACAAGGACGUCCAAGAACACUGGGAAUGUGAUCAGCCAGAACUGGUUUGUGUACUCCACAUAUCAAUUCAUUUAUUUGUACUGCUUUUAAGACCUUUUCUUUUGCCUCUGUGCCACCACACUAGAACAUUUCUCAAUUUGACUCUCUCAGACCAGCCACAUCAUUGUGUGCGACAAUAUAAUUGUUGUAAAUAAAUAUGAAAAGGAGA